AUGGGGCAGAGCUUCUGGGAGCAGCUCCAGCUGGCCCUCACUCUUCUGCUCCUGAAUUUGGGGUCCACUGUGACUGCAGAUGCCCCUCACAGCUGCUAUGGGAUUCCAGGCCUGCCAGGCAUGCCAGGUGCACCAGGCAAGGAUGGCCGGGAUGGGCUGAAAGGAGCCAAAGGCGAGCCAGGCAUCCCAGCCACUUCUGCAACACGAGGGCCCAAGGGCACGAAAGGGGAACCUGGCAGUCCUGGCUUGCCAGGCAAGACUGGCCCCAUCGGUCCCCCUGGUCCCCCUGGAGACCCUGGGAUGAUGGGCAUGGUCGGGGAGCCAGGUAAGCCGGGCAGCUACAAGCAGAUGCACCAGUCAGCAUUUUCAGUGACGAGGCAAACCAACGAGCACCCCUUAAAGAAUGUCCCAGUGGUGUUCAAUGACGUCAUCACCAACACCAACCACGACUACAACACCACCACGGGCAAGUUCACCUGCAAGCUCCCUGGCCUCUACUACUUCGUCUUCCACAGCUCUCUGACAGCCAACCUCUGCACCAUCCUGUACAAGAACGGGAGCAAGAUGGCCAGCUUCUGCGACCACAAGACCAACACCAUGCAGGUCAGCUCCGGUGGGGUCCUCCUCCACGUGGGUGCUGGGAACCAGGUUUGGCUGGAGGUGAACGACUACAACGGCAUGGUGGGCAUUGGCAACUCCAACAGCGUCUUCUCGGGGUUCCUGCUCUUCCCAGACUAG